AUGGCGCAGGCGCCAACACAACCCUUGAUCGCCAUUGUGGGCGCAACGGGCACGGGCAAGUCGGAUUUGGCUGUUGAGAUAGCACGCAAGUUCAAUGGCGAGAUUAUCAACGGAGAUGCAAUGCAGCUGUAUCAUGGCUUGCCCAUCAUAACUAACAAGAUUACGACGGAAGAGAUGGGAGGAGUACCGCAUCAUCUCCUGGGAUGCAUUGGCCUAGAUCAAGAGACGUGGACCGUUGGCAAGUUUGUGAGUAAUGCUCUGGCUGUGAUCGAUGAAAUUCGAAGCCGGGGCAAGCUUCCUAUCCUUGUUGGGGGAACUCACUACUACACCCAGUCGCUGUUGUUUAAGGAUGCGCUCUCAAAGGAACCCGCACUGGAACUGAAAGAAGACAGCGAGCACUUCUCGAUUUUGGAUGAGCCGACCAGCGUCAUCCUGGAGAAGCUGAGAGAAGUGGAUCCCGUGAUGGCGAACCGGUGGCAUCCGAACGAGAGCAGAAAGAUUCAGCGCUCUCUCGAGAUUUAUCUGAGGACCGGAAAGCCAGCUUCACAAGUCUACGACGAACAACGUAUUAAGCGAGAGAUCGAGCAGAAUUCUGCAGAAGUCGAUCAAGCCGAGAGUAGCACAGGUCUGCGCUUUCCCACCUUACUGUUCUGGGUGUAUGCCAACAGAGACAUUCUGUAUCCACGCCUUGAUGGACGUGUCGACAAGAUGCUCGCCAAGGGCCUUCUAUCGGAGGUUGAGGAGUUGACGAGAUUCCGGGCCGACCACGAAGCGCGCACAGGAUCCGCUGUAGACCAGAGCCGCGGCAUCUGGGUGUCGAUAGGUUACAAAGAGUUUCUGGAUUACCAGGGCGCGCUGGCCGACAACACUCUCUCUUCAGCAGAGCUCGAAAAACUGAAAAUUGCAGCCGUAGAGAAGACUCAGGCUGCAACGAGACAAUACGCAAACCGCCAGGCUCGAUGGAUACGAAUCAAGCUCCUGAAUGCCUUGUUUGGUGCAGGUUACAAAGGCAAUAUGUUCCUUCUCGACGGUAGCGAUCUUCCAAACUGGGAGAGCAACGUCAUAGCACCGGCCACUGCAGUUACCAACAAGUUCCUGUCUGGUCAACCGCUAGAAGACCCUCUGACAUUGUCUUCUGCCGCUGCAGAGAAUCUGACCCCAAAACGAAAUUACGAUCUCGGGCAACGUCCGGACCUGUGGCAGCAGAAGACAUGCGAGACAUGCGGCACGGUCGCGAUCACGGAGAACGACUGGAAGCUACACGGGCAGAGUCGUUCACACAGACGGGCUGUUGGCAUCAAGAAGAAACAAGCGAACGCGAAAGCUCGUCCAACAAAAGAUCGUAGCGCACUGCAGGCCGAUGUGGUGGACUUACUCGAGACGUACCUAGGCAGGCAUGUGGGUGAUGAGCAAGAAGAGUAA